AUGCUAAAAAAGAAGGUACCGUCACCCAACAAAAACUCACGUUCUUUUACUGGCACAAUAUUUAAAUUUUGGAAAGGAAACUCUUUAAUAGCCAAACGGCCAACGCCUGGUUCCUCAAAGCAUUCUCAAAAACAUUUAAAUUCACUUGAAACUACAGCUGGUCUCUGGAAUAUAACAGUUAACGUCAAGAUAACUGAUAUAUUUGGCAUAGGAGUCUUGGCAAAAACAUUUUCUUUAAUACUAGACUCGCAUUAUAAAUUUCUUGAAGAUCAAAAUGAAAUUAUUAAACACGUUGCCGUUUUAUCCAUAAAGUUGGUUGAUGAUGGUAUCAGAGGCACUAUAGGUAUUUUAGGCAGCGUAUGUUAUUUUUUAAUAUCAGGAUUAGCAAGAUUAUUGUGA